AUGAUGCGAAUACUGGAAGCCCAAGCUCCCGCCCGACAAACCGCUACCGACACCAUCCAGACCCUGAGCAACCGGCUAUCGAGUGCGACUUUGCUGGAAGACCGCCGGGCGGCCAUCUUGGGUCUGCGCAGCUUCGCCAAGCUCUAUCCUGCCUCCGUCGCCUCGGGUGCGUUGAGAGAUCUGAUUGCGGGGCUCCGACGAGAUGGAGACGACUCGGACACAAUCAAGGUGGUGUUGGAGACGCUGUUGAUGCUCUUUGAGCCGGACGAAAAGUCGCCAGAGGCUUCGGAUGACAUUGCUUUGUGGUUGGCGGAUGAAUUCACGCAGCGGCAAGACAAUAUAACCGCGCUGCUGGACCUGCUGGAAUCGGGCGAGUUCUAUCUGCGACUCUACGUCCUCCAGAUUCUGUCUCAUAUCUCGACCGCACGGCCGCAGCGCACGCAAGAAGCCAUCUUCUCCGCCCCGCUCGGCGUUUCACGCGUCACCAGUGUUCUGGACGACAAACGAGAGGCCGUUCGAAAUGAGGCCCUGGUUCUCUUGGUCGCCUUGACCCCGACCUCGGCCGAGCUGCAGAAGGUCGUGGCUUUUGAGAAUGCCUUCGAUCGCGUCUUUGCACUGAUCGAGGGCGACGGCGGCCUGACCCACGGUUCCACCACCGUACAGGACUGCUUGUCUCUGCUGGCGAACCUACUCAACUUGAACACAUCGAAUCAGUCAUACUUCAGGGAGAUUGGCGGCAUCAUCAAGGUCCGGAAACUACUGUCGGCCGUGGUCGAGCAAGAGGAUUCCGGAGAUGGUGUUUCAGAUUGGAUGAAGCCGCAACGGGACAUGAACCUAUGGGGUUUGCUGGGACUCAUUCAAUUGUUUCUGGCCCCAGGCGCACAGGGAACCCCGGUGAAUCAACAGGCCUUUUGGCAGACCGGUGUGCUGCAGGACGUGUUACGAGUCGCUUUUCAUCCGGCCUUCAGUACUGGCAUUCGUGCCAAAUCUCUUCAGGCAUGCGGAGACAUCAUCCGAGGGAAUCAUGUCCUUCAGGAACGCUUCGGCGACCUUCCUGUGCAAAUCAAGCAGCCGGACAGUCCGUCGACCAACGGGCACGCUACUCGAUCAGCCCCCGACAAACAGCCACAGUCUAGCAGGGCACACUAUCAGGAACGAAACGUGAUCGAGGCGCUCCUGGAGCUUGCAUUGGAGACUUCGCCGCUCGCGCUCUUUGAUGUCCGCCUAGCAGCAAGCUCUUGUAUGGAGGCAUUUGUUGAGGGCCACUCAGGCAUCAAAGCUCAUGUUCUCCGCAGGGCAAUCGAUGGCCAUAGAGCCGGUGAUGAUGCCAUCCCCAACAUGCUCACCGUGCUUCUUGAACCCCCGGCAGCUCGCAACAACUCCGACCCCUACCAGCAGUGGAUUGCUGCCGUAUUAGUACUGCAUCUCCUUUAUGACACUCCUGAAACCAAAGACAUGGCCCUGGAGGUGACGGAAGGUGACGCCGAAAACGGCGAAGAAGUGGUCACUUUCAUCCAGAGUAUCACCAGCAAUGUGGUGGCGGGCGUCCAGCAUGUCGAGGAUGAGCGUGCCCUCCUAGGGUACCUCAUGCUCUUGUGUAUCUGGCUCUUCGAAGACCCGGAAGCGGUCAACGACCUCCUGGGCGAGGGAAGCAAUGUAUCGGGGCUCGUGGCGGCGGUCAAAAUCGCCAACAGCUCCAUGCCACUUGUGGCAGGUCUAUGCGCCUUUCUACUGGGUAUCAUCUACGAAUUCUCGACCAAGGAUUCACCUAUCCCGAGAACCACGCUCCAUGGGCUUUUGCUGAAUAGUCUUGGCCGAGAGACCUACGUGGAUCGACUGACAAAACUCCGAGAAAAUGUAUUUGUCCGUGACUUCGAGGUCCUGCCGCAGACGGGUAACGGUGGCCUACCCGAGGUCUUCUUUGACAAGACGUUCAUUGCCUUUCUGAAGGAUAACUUCAGUCGAUUCUUGCGGGCCAUUGAUCGAGAUCCAAAGUUCGAAAUCUCGAUUGCAAGCAACGGGGUGCAAAGGGGGAUUGAUCGAGACUUGGUGGACAGUUUGAAAGCCGAAGUUGAUGAACACAAGAAGGCUCUGGAGGCUGCCAAUGCCGAAUUGCUCCAAUUCAAGAGAAAGCUUGAACAGGAAGAACUCGACCACCGCCGCACUCGCGAGUCGGCCGCGGUGGAACUGUCUAGAAUCAAGCAGAUCAACCAGAGUCUGCAUGACAAUCACGAGGAGGAAAUGAAGAAGUUACAGCAAGAGUUCGUGCGGGAACGGAGUGUCCUGGUCAGAAACCACGAUGACGAGCUGAACAGAAGGCGAAGCGAACAUAUCUCCACCGUAGAAAGUCUUCGAAAGCAGAAUGAGGCGGAGAUUCAGCGUUUCGAACAGCGCCUGAAACUAUGCGAGCAGGAGGCUUCCCGAGACAAAGCUGCCUUGGCCGACCAACACCGGCGAGAACUGAACGAGGUCGAUACCAAAGCCCAACAAGCCCGUGAGAGGGAGGCAGCGGAGAUUGCAGAUCUAAAGCGAUCCCUAGCCGAGCUAGAGACAACGCUGAAAAAGUUGCAAGCCGACCACGUCCAGGACCUCGAGACUGCGCAUGAAGAAUACAAAGCCAAGACGGAGAGCUUGGAGGCGCGGCUUGUUCGGGCAGAGAGCCGCGCUCAGGAUGCCGAAGGGCACGCCGCACAUCUUGGUGAGGAACUGGAGAGAGAAAAGGCUGCACGGAAAGACGUCCAGACCGAGCUGGACGAUUUGUUGGUUGUGUUCGGCGAUCUUGAGGCAAAGAGAACCGCCGACAAAAAGAAGCUCAAGGACUUGGGCCAGGAAGUCUCGGAAGACGAAGACGAAGAAGACGACGCGGCUGAUGGCGAAGACGAGGGCGGGGACGGUGAUGCCACAGACGGUGUCAGUGAUGAGGCGGAUGAGGACGUUGAUUGA